UGGCCCUUUCGUGGAGGAGGCAGUCGUCCUGCAGGGGGAAGUGACUCGAAGCCGAGUCGUCCCAUCGGUGGCCGCCUUUCCCUCUAUGCGGAUCAAUGGGACGAGAUCACAUUGGAUGCUUGGGUCCGAGCCACGGUUCAUCACGGUCUCAGGUGCCAUACUAGGCAGAUCAGAAACACAGGAAUGCAUCUUCUACAAUGCUAAUUGGGAAAAUGAUAAGACAAAUCGUAGUGGCAUUGAACUGUGCUAUGGUGACAAAGAUAAAAGAAGACACUGCUUUGCAACAUGGAAGAAUAUCUCUGGAUCUAUUGAAAUUGUGAAAAAGGGUUGCUGGUUGGAUGAUAUUAAUUGUUAUGACAGAACUGACUGUAUAGAAAAGAAAGAUAGCCCUGAAGUGUUUUUCUGCUGCUGUGAGGGCAACAUGUGCAAUGAACAUUUUUUCUACUUUCCAGAGAUGGAGGUCACACAACCAUGCCUUUCAUAUAAUGAUAGAGGACCCUGGACCACCACCUCCAUCACCAUUGAUGGGCCUAAAGCCAUUGCAGUUACUAGAGAUCAAAGCUAGAGGAAGAUUUGGCUGUGUCUGGAAAGCUCAGUUGUUAAAUGAAUACGUUGCUGUGAAAAUAUUCCCAGUGCAGGAUAAAGAAUCAUGGCAAAAUGAAUAUGAAAUAUACAGCUUGCCAGGAAUGAAGCAUGAAAAUAUACUGCAGUUCAUUGGUGCUGAGAAACGAGGCACUAGUAUUGAUGUUGACUUGUGGCUAAUAACAGCGUUUCAUGAAAAGGGUUCACUUACUGACUUCCUGAAGGCUAAUAUAGUUUCAUGGAAUGAACUCUGUCAUAUAGCUGAAACUAUGGCAAGAGGUUUGGCUUACCUUCAUGAAGAUAUCCCUGGUCUAAAAGAAGGGCAUAAACCAGCUAUAUCCCACAGGGACAUCAAGAGCAAAAAUGUGUUAUUGAAAAAUAAUCUUACGGCAUGUAUCGCUGAUUUUGGACUUGCUUUAAAAUUUGAGGCUGGGAAGUCAGCUGGUGAUACCCAUGGUCAAGUUGGUACCCGAAGAUACAUGGCUCCUGAAGUAUUAGAAGGUGCUAUAAACUUCCAGCGAGAUGCAUUUUUGAGAAUAGACAUGUAUGCAAUGGGAUUAGUACUGUGGGAAUUGGCAUCACGAUGUACAGCAUCAGAUGGACCCGUGGAUGAGUAUAUGUUACCUUUUGAGGAAGAAGUGGGUCAGCAUCCUUCUCUGGAAGAUAUGCAGGAGGUUGUGGUACAUAAAAAGAAGAGGCCUGUUCUGAGAGAGUGUUGGCAGAAACAUGCUGGAAUGGCAAUGCUCUGUGAAACAAUAGAAGAGUGUUGGGAUCAUGAUGCAGAAGCUUGAUUAUCAGCAGGCUGCAUAGAGGAAAGGUUUAUCCAAAUGAAAAGACUAACAAACAUCAUAACAACAGAAGACAUUGUGACUGUGGUCACCAUGGUGACAAAUGUGGAUUUUCCUCCCAAAGAAUCUAGUCUAUGAUAGUAGCAGCGGUCACUCUUCUUGACCAAUAAGACUCAGCACUGGAACUGCCAAGUCAACUGGCCUAUUUCUGGUCAGUAAUUUUCAGCAUGAAAUAAUGGUAAGUCCGUCUCUGAAGUGUCAGUUGGAAGAUUCCUCUUUGUUCUUCUCCAGACUUGGAUCCAGAAGACGUACUGCAUAUGCCGGAGAAAAUGGCAAGAUAAUGUUAAACGUACCUGAAGAACAUGGACCUAUCUCGGCUUAUCAGACAUUUAAAAAACUGACAUUGUAUUUCUUAACAUGUCAGACUAAUUCCUUAAAAUGAACUACAGCUAUUUUUUUUAAAAUCAGACAUUUCAUUUCAGAUUUAAGAAAAAGGGUAACUUGUUUUUAUUGCAUUUGCUGUUGUGUUUAUAUAAAUGACUAUUGUAAUGCCAAUAUGACACAGCUUGUGAAUGUUUAGUGUGCUGCUGUUCUAUGUAAUCAAAGUGGGAUCUAGCAAAAAGGCUUCCAAGCAUUACUUAACCUCCCUCAACAAGGUAUACCUCAGUUCCACCUAUGCUAAAUUGAAUUGACAACACUAAUAAAACUGAAAUAAUAAAUUGAUCCAGAUUUUGUAAAUGAUGCAUUAAAAAAAAUCCAUGGUGUAUUUUUUAAAGG